CUGUGCGAGCUGGAGUGGGGUGUGGUGUGGUGGAGCCGCGAGCGCUACAGGCACCGAGCUCUUCCCCACAUAUAUAUAUAUAUAUAUAUAUACACACACACAGAGCACAACACAACAGGGCUCAGUGCAUUGAAAAGAAAAAUCAUUGCAGCCACUCAGACCUCCGCAUCUUUUGCAUUUCGCCCGAGACCGGCAACAAAGCCCGAUCUUCCAAGGAAAUUAAAAAGUUUCUUCUGGAGACGUCGUCUGGACCUUUCUCUUGGCAAGGCUGAAGGACUUGGAAUCUGAAAUUUAAAAGGAGAGGGGGAACUUCUUUUUCAAACAUCCACACACACACACAACGAAACAAAACAAAACAAAAAAAAAUUGAAUCCACUUCUAACUGGCCAUGGGUUGUACCAUCAGCGCUGAAGACAAGGCGGCUGCCGAGCGCUCGAAAAUGAUUGAUAAAAAUCUGCGGGAGGACGGCGAGAAAGCGGCUCGAGAAGUGAAGUUGCUACUUCUGGGUGCUGGAGAAUCAGGGAAAAGCACAAUUGUGAAACAGAUGAAGAUUAUCCAUGAAGAUGGAUACUCAGAAGAAGAAUGCAGACAAUAUAAAGCUGUGGUAUACAGUAACACCAUCCAAUCCAUCAUGGCCAUCAUCAAAGCUAUGGGAAACCUGAAGAUAGAUUUCGGAGAGUCUGGCAGAGCAGAUGAUGCACGCCAGCUGUUUGCAUUGUCUGGUACUGCUGAGGAGCAGGGCAUCUUGCCUGAAGACUUAGCAAAUGUGAUCAGAAGGCUGUGGGGUGACACUGGAGUUCAGGCUUGUUUUGGUCGAUCCAGGGAAUACCAACUCAAUGAUUCUGCUGCUUAUUAUCUGAAUGAUCUUGAAAGGAUAGCAAGAUCGGAUUACAUCCCGACUCAACAGGAUGUACUGCGAACCAGAGUCAAGACUACAGGCAUUGUAGAGACCCAUUUCACUUUUAAGGACCUACAUUUCAAGAUGUUUGAUGUCGGCGGACAGAGAUCUGAGAGAAAGAAGUGGAUCCAUUGCUUUGAGGGUGUCACUGCUAUCAUCUUCUGUGUAGCUCUUAGUGCAUAUGACUUGGUCCUGGCGGAGGAUGAGGAAAUGAAUCGCAUGCACGAGAGCAUGAAACUGUUUGACAGUAUUUGCAACAACAAAUGGUUCACAGACACUUCUAUCAUCCUCUUCCUCAACAAGAAGGAUCUCUUUGAAGAGAAGAUCACCAAGAGCCCCCUGACUAUCUGCUUCCCUGAAUACUCAGGGGCCAACGAGUAUGAUGCGGCUGCAGGCUAUAUCCAGACCAAAUUUGAAGACCUAAAUAAACGGAAGGAUACCAAGGAGAUCUACACACACUUCACGUGUGCCACUGACACAAAGAACGUGCAGUUUGUAUUUGAUGCGGUCACUGAUGUCAUCAUCAAGAAUAACCUGAAGGAUUGUGGCCUCUUCUAAGGACAGAUGUGUGAGGAUGAUGAGUUACUUGAACUGCUCAGUGCGGAGGAUCCCAGAGGAAGGACUGCACCAAUAAAAUCAGCUUUCUGCUUUUAACUGCUUUUUACAAGAGACUUAAGAUCAUCAAUGCAUUGCCAACUUUCCCAAUCUUUUUAUCCCCUGAUGAUGCAGAAUUUUUACUAUUUAAUUAAUUUUAUUUUUUACAAAAAUGCCUUGUUUUGGAAGAGCGCAGACGUCCUUGAGCUCAGUUAGCAAAUGCUUUGCUAGUGUUAGCGGAACUCUCCAUUUUAUGGUUAUGUCAGGCAUGGAUGCCUUUUUAAAAAAGUGUGUUUUGGUUGUUUAACGCAUGCAAGAAGUUAUAUAAGUGUGAUCACUUUCCAAACAAAAACACAAAACAGCUUAGCAAAAACUGGUCAUUGCACCAAUCUGGUUUCCCUGCUAGCAAAAAAAGUUGUUCCUUUGUAUGUGAGAGAGAGUUUGUCAGCCAAGUUGCAUGUAAAACAUAGAUGUCUCCUGUUCUUUACAUUUGCACAACCGGCAUACAUUCCUAACGGAUUUUAAUAGGUUUUAAAAGUUGCUUGAGAAAAGGCUUUAUUAGCUACUAAGCUGCAAAUUCAUUUAACAUAUUUAAAAUGUAAGUAAUCAACAAUGUACUGAUAUGAAUUUUGCUGCAGUAAGUUUUGUGCCUUGAAUAUAACUUUGUUUACAGCUA